GUGCUGGGGGGGGCUGCUGAGCGGGGGGGGGCGCGGGGGUCCUGGGGGGCGUCAUCAGUGCCAUCAGCGAAGCGGCUGCCCAGUAUAACCCUGAGCCCCCACCCCCCCGCACCCACAUCUCCACGGUGGAUGCCAAUGAGAGUGAGGAGGUGCGGCAGUUCCGGCGGCUCUUCGCCCAGCUCACUGGGGAGGACAUGGAGGCGAGUCCCACCGAGCUCAUGAACAUCCUCAACAAAGUCGUCACCCGCCAUCCCGACCUGAAAACGGACGGCUUCGGCCUCGACACCUGCCGCAGCAUGGUGGCCGUGAUGGAUAGUGACACAACGGGGAAACUUGGCUUUGAGGAGUUCAAGUACCUGUGGAACAACAUCAAGAAGUGGCAGUGCAUCUACAAGCAGUUCGACACUGACCGCUCGGGGACUAUCAGGGUGCAGGAGCUGCUGGGGGCCUUCGAGGCCACAGGUUUCCGGCUGCCCCCCCUGCUUUGGGGGGUCCUGGGCCGUCGCUAUGGCGACGAGGGGGGGAACCUCGAUUUCGACAACUUCAUCAGCUGCCUUGUGCGCCUCGACGCCAUGUUCCGUACCUUCAAGUCACUACACCGGGAUGGGAGCGGGCAGAUCCACGUCAGCCUCCAGGAGUGGCUGCAGCUCACCAUGUACUCCUGAGGCACCCACGCUUGGGGGGGAGCACCUGGGACCUGCCCACACCCCCUGCACCCCACUGGUAAACCCCCCCCCCCGACUGUGCCAUGGGGGGGCCCAGC